AUGUUGGUGGACAGGAUGUUGGUGGACAGGAUGUUGGGUAUCAUGCUAGUGUAUGACAUCACUAACGAGAAGUCCUUCGAGAACAUCAAGAACUGGAUCAGGAACAUUGAAGAGCAUGCUUCCUCUGACGUGGAGAGGAUGAUCCUAGGAAAACAGUGUGACAUGAACGACAAAAGACAGGUGUCAAAAGAACGAGGAGAAAAGUUGGCGAUUGAUUAUGGCAUCAAGUUCUUAGAAACGAGYGCCAAAUCCAGCCUGAAUGUGGAAGAGUCCUUUUUCACCCUGGGAAGAGACAUAAUGACGAGACUCAACAGAAAAAUAAACGACAACAGUCCUCCAGGAGGCGGUGGGCCGGUCAAGAUCACAGAGAACCGGUCAAAGAAGAGCAGCUUCUUCAGAUGUUCUCUGUUCUAGUGGAUCCAUCCUCUCCUUUCCAUGGACUGGUACAGCCUUUACCUGCCCUGCUGCUUCCCCCCCCAGAGCUGAGCAGAAUACACCCCCAACCCCUCACCAGGCCUGGUACCAGGCUACCUACCUAGCAUACCUCCAACCCCUCACCAGGCCUGGUACCAGGCUACCUACCUAACUCUCCUCCACACCCAAAACUGGGUCUUGGCCUGGCUAGGCUACUUAUUGCUGCUGAGCUGGCUGGCUAUUCUGUAGGCUACAGAGGAAAGCGACUCGCCAUCCCAUU